AUGGUGGAGCAGGGAGACGCGGCGCCGCUGCUGCGCUGGGCCGAGGGCCCCGCCGUCUCCCUGCCGCAGGCCCCGGAGCUGCCCGCCGGAGGCCGGGCCCGGGGCGGCGGCGGGGGCGCGCGGCCGGCCGCGGGGCUGCCCGCGAGGCGGGAGCCCGGGGGCCCGGCUGCCUCCGAGGUGCCGCUGCAGCCCGGGCGCCUGGAGCUGCGCGACGUGGAGGAGGACCAGGUGGUGGCCGUGUUCGUGGUCACCUUCGACCCCCGCUCGGGAAACAUGGUGGAAUGGUGCUUACCUCAAGAUAUUGACCUUGAAGGCGUUGAGUUCAAGUCUAUGGCCAGUGGGUCCCACAAAAUUCAGUCCGAUUUCAUUUAUUUCCGAAAGGGGCCCUUCUUCGGCCUGGCCUGUUUCGCCAACAUGCCCGUGGAGAGCGAGCUGGAGCGCGGUGCGCGCAUGAAGUCGGUGGGCAUCCUGUCUCCAUCCUACACCCUGCUCUACCGCUACAUGCACUUCUUGGAGAACCAGGUUCGACACCAGCUGGAGACGCCGGGACAUUACUCUCACCUGGCCGCCUUCUACGAGGACAAGAAGGGAGUGCUGCAUGCUGGUCCUGGGAGAGGCGGGAGCCUACCCCCUGUGUGCUGGCUGCCUUCCAUCCACCGCUACAUGUACCCCGAGAUGAAGAUCACACACCCAGCUGGCUGCAUGUCUCAGUUUAUCAAGUUCUUUGGCGAACAGAUCCUCAUCCUCUGGAAAUUUGCCUUACUUCGAAAGCGCAUCUUGAUAUUCUCCCCACCGCCUGUGGGCGUCGUGUGCUACAGAGUGUACUGCUGCUGCUGCCUGGCCAACGUGUCGCUGCCCGGCAUCGGGGGCACCGUUCCCGAGUCCAAGCCCUUCUUCUACGUGAACGUGGCCGACAUCGAGAGCCUGGAGGUGGAGGUGUCCUAUGUGGCCUGCACCACAGAGAAGAUAUUCGAGGAGAAGCGGGAGCUGUAUGACGUCUACGUGGAUAACCAGAACGUGAGGACGCACCACGACCACCUGCAGCCCCUGCUGAAGCUCAACAGCGCCGACAGGGAGAAGUACCGGCGGCUCAAUGAGCAGAGGCAGAUGCUGCUGUACUCCCAGGAGGUGGAGGAAGACUACAGCCCCUGCGAAGAGGACCUCUUUGUGCUGUUUUUCCUGGAGCAGAACAACCGGAUAUUUCAGACUUUGUUGGAGGUGUCCGCCAGCCAGGACAAAACUCUGACAGCAGAGCACGCGCGGGGCAUGGGUCUCGACCCCCAGGGCGACCGCGGCUUCCUCAUGGACCUGCUGGAGGCCUACGGGAUUGAUGUCAUGUUGGUCAUCGACAACCCCUGCUGCCCGUAGGCAGAGGGCGCAGGACCGGGCAGCCGGAGCUGGCCUCGCCUCUGACGGUUCCUGCUUCCCAGCCAGCGUCGGCUUCGUGACUGCCCGCCUUCCCUUCUCCUCUGGGGGAGGGGGGUGCCCGGCUCGGGGUCCUGCCAUGGAGGACUCCGCCACGGUCUCCCGGAGCUGCCUGCUCCUUGGCUUUGGUCUCGGGAGUUGCGUCGCCCUGAGCAGGCUGAGUUCUGGACACCCCGAGGGUGACUGCUCGGAAAGUGGCUUUGGUCUCUGUCGCAGGAUGUGUUCAGGAGCGAGACGGCCAGCUGUCCAGUGUGGCCCUCGACCUUUCAAGGGUUUUCAGUCAUUCUAGGGCUCGGUGUUGCCCUUCGUUAGGGUGAAUACGGGAGUGGGGACCCCAAGGAGAGGCGAGAGGAUGUGCCCGACCCCAGUUCUGCACGGACCGGCAGGGCCAGGUUGCUCACUGCUCUGCCUGAAAUCAGAGUGGAGCCUGCAAGUCCUCAGAGGCAGUUCAUGGCGGCCACCCGGCGUCCUGUUCCUUUGUCCCAGUCCCCUGCUCUUGGGCUGAGUUGGCAGAUUCCUAAGGGCCAGUGUUGGCCCUGGAACUUGCAAGCAAAUGGAUUGGAAGGGCUGAGCGUGCGUUUGGAGUCCUGGGGUGGUGGUAAAGGGCGGGGCACUGGCGCGCAUACAGGGUGGAGGAGUGCCCGAGUGGCGCAGAGGCUGGAGCCUGCGGCGAACGCCACUGUGUCCGUGUCACACACGUCUCCCGUGGAAAUGACGUGCUUAGGCCGAGCAGCGGGCUCCAGAGACCUAAGGCAAGACUUGCUAGGAAAUCUGACAGUGCCUUCCUCCAGGAAAGCGGCCAGGAAGCCCGCGUGUCCGCAGUGAACGUUCAGCUUGCUCCGAGACGUGCGGGGAGGCGCGGGCCCCUAGCCCGGCCUGUUCUCUGAGGCUGGCAGCUGCAGUGAGAGGGCGAUUGUCACUCGUACUCGGAAAGCCAGCUCUUCCCAGUCGUCGGGGUCUCGCCCUAGUGGCGGGUUUCAGCUUGGGAUACGGUGGUUGGUGAUAAAUCGUCUCUCACUUUCCCGCCCGACCUGUGCCGUGCCUGUGGUCAGCAUCCAGCCAGGCCGUGGACACAGCAGAGAGAAGUAACCUCCGAAUGGAAGGCUCACACCUCUGUCUCAAGACUGGGUUCUUAGGGCUUAACUGCUUUAUUCAAAAUCUCCACUGUAGCUCCUUGCUAAGGAGUUUGACUGAAGAAAUCUAGACACUGACCCAAGGGGACGUCUUAUGUAAACAUAUAAAUAGGUUUGGUUACUGAAAUGUACAGCUAAUAACGAUCUUCUCCGCAGUGUGGGGCCGGCCAUCACUUCAGUAAGAUGUGUGUUUACAAAAGGAAAAGCCACUGUGUGUGUAGCUAUCUGUGCAGACGGCCCCUUUCUGAGUGGCCGUCUCGCGCUGCCUCUCUGGGUGAGGAGGGACUUUCUUGGGUCAAGAAAUGGCUGCUUCUAGUGGUCUCCUAGGGCUCGAGAUUCUGGC